GUCAAGUCGGGUAGUGUGCUGGAUUUGGUUUUGAACGUCAGACGAGCGGGAGUGUGUUACAGGACUGGAUUCAGUUGGCACAGCAGUGUUGUGGUGUCCCGAUGGCGACAGACAUUGUUGCGCAGUUGGCCGACUCUCUGGCCCAGACUGGAGUAGAGGAAGGCGAGCUGAGCUACAAAGGCCAGGGAAGAAAGCUGAAUGAUGCUCAGUCUGCGGAGGAGAUGGUGAAGGAGAUCCAGGACUUUGAGGGUUUACAGGCUCUGAGGCUGGAGGGAAACACUGUAGGUGUGGAGGCUGCACAGGCCAUCGCCAAGGCCCUCGAGACAAAGAGCGAGUUCAAGCGCUGUUAUUGGAGUGACAUGUUCACAGGUCGCCUGCGCUCUGAGAUCCCACCUGCCCUGAAUUCACUGGGUGACGCUCUGAUGCUGGCUGGUGCCAGGCUGACUGUUUUAGACCUCAGUGACAACGCCUUUGGACCUGAUGGGGUGAGGGGCAUUGAGAAGUUGCUCAAGAGCACCGCCUGCUACACACUGCAGGAGCUACGGCUCAACAACUGUGGCAUGGGCAUCGGAGGGGGGAAGAUCCUGGCUGCCUCGUUGAUCCAGUGUCACAAAAAAUCCAGUGCAGACAGCGCCCCCCUCAGCCUGAAGGUGUUUGUUGCAGGGAGGAACCGACUGGAGAACGAUGGAGCCACCGCCCUUGCUCAGGCUUUCCAGUUGAUGGGCAGCCUGGAAGAGGUUCACAUGCCCCAGAAUGGCAUCAAUCACGCUGGUGUAACAGCCCUGGCCACAGCCAUGCAGCACAACACAGGACUCCGCAUCCUCAACCUCAAUGACAACACCUUCACUGAGAAGGGGGCUAUUGCCAUGGCUCAGGCCCUGAAACACCUCCGCAGCAUCCAGGUGAUAAACUUUGGAGACUGUCUGGUGCGGCCAGCAGGAGCCAUAGCUAUUGCAGAAACUGUAUCAGAGGGACUCCCAAUCCUCAAGGAACUCAAUCUGUCAUUCGGAGAAAUCACAGAGGAAGCUGCUCUGGCUGUGGCACAAGCAGUAAAGGACAAAGCCCAGCUGGAGAAACUGGACCUGAAUGGUAACUGUCUGGGAGAUGAUGGCUGCAAAGCUCUGAAAGACACUAUGGAAGGCAUGAACAUGGGCGAACUUCUAGGAUCACUCAGUGACGACGAGGGUGAGCCAGAGGAUGACGACGAGGACGAAGAUGAAGACGAGGAUGACGACGACGAGGAAGUGGAUGAUGAGGAAGUGGAGGAGGAAGAGGAAGAAGAGGAGGAAGAGGAAAGCAGUGGCAACAAGCCGUCCACCCCUGCAUCGGCCCCCCGGCCACCAGACGUCUCCUCCUUCCUCAGCUUUCCGUCCCCAGACAAACUACUCAAACUGGGGGCCAAGAGGGCCCUGCUGAUUGAGCAGCAGGUGGACGUAUCAGAUGCUACAAAAACAGCUGAAGCCUUCCUCAAGAUUGCAUCUGUGUACAAGGAGGAGAAUUAUGAUGUUAAGAGCGCAGUGUUGGACAGUAUUGACGGCCUUCUGAGGAAAGCUUUUUCCACUCCUUCCUUCCACGGCUACAGUUUUGUAUCAUCAUUGUUAGUGCUGCUUGGACUUCUCAAGAGUGAAGACAAAGUGAAGCCUGUGACUGUGGUUCCCGGCCACCUCCAUGCCUUGGAGCACGUUGUCCGACAAGACUACUUCCCCAAGGAGAACGUGGCUGUGCUGGAGGCCUUCAUGUCCCGGUAAGGACGUGACAGAAUGAGCCAAACAACAGGCAGCUCGCAGCAACAACAAGGCCCUGGAGUCAUGUGGCAACGCCAGAAACAGCCUCCAGUCAGCACUGCAGAGAGUCAGGUCUGAGAGCUGAGGACUACACACACACACGGACUACACAGACACACACAGUCUGGACUUUAACUGAUCACUGAUGGACUUUUGGAAACUGGCACACAAGCCCAAAUUUGAAGCGAACGAAGCAGAGCAGCACCUGAGAAGAACAGACUCCACUCAGACGCACUUCCCUGUGUCACCACUGUCCUUCAGCAGCAACACACCCUUUUCUGGACUUGAAUGCUUUGUGUUUUGAAGUAGACUAUACUCUUAUGGUGUGGACUUACUGAAGUACUCUCUUCAAGAACACUCACAUAACCACAGGACAGCACUGACAACUUGGUCUUGGACUGAAGCACAGAUUAGACUUUGGGGCAAACUAGAAAAAUUCUGACCAGGAUUGAUCUGGACUCAAUGCAUCAGCAGUUGUACAUUUUCUAUUUCAUAUCUAACUUUACUAUUCUGUUUUUUUAUAUAUAUAUCAAAUGUUUAUUAAAUUCAAAAAAUAUGAUCCAACAACAUUAUUAUAAAUAUUCUAAAAAUAAGACUGUAAAGUACAAUAAAACAAUCAAAAUUAAAAGGGAUGAAAUAGGUUUAAAUGUAUUUUCUGCCUUUAAUGAGGCACAAGGUGCAGAUUUUUGGAUUUGUGUUGCAAAAUAAAGCUGAUUGGAGUGUUGGAUAUCUUU